AUGGAAAAGCUCACUGCCCUAGGUGUGUCUGCCCGAUUUCACCGACCUCCAGAGAGGUUUGCUUGGCUUGGUCUGACUGUUAGUUCAUACGCAGCAAUUUCUCAGUCACCCUACACUUCGCAUGUUGCCCGUUGGGUCUGCCUGAGCAGAGUUUGCGCCCAGCCUCAAGACGAUGGCACGAUCCCCGAUAAUGCCAUAAGUUCCAUUUCUAUCUCCAAUGACGGUCGGCUUAUUGCAGCCGGAUCAAUGUCGAGUGGAUUUAUCGAAAUAUGGACAACCGCCGGAACAUGCAUCUGGAGAUUCAAAGGGCAUGCUAAUAUGGUUCUAUCAACACAAUUUUCGACACAUGGCCAAAUGCUUGCUUCCUGGUCGUACGAUCGCAUAGUCAAAGUUUGGAACGUGGUACAUUGUGUUUGCAUACAUUCCCUCGGAGGCCAUGCCGAAUCGAUCUCCACUGUCUCGUUCUCCGAAGAUGAUCGAUACAUCGCCACUGGGUCCUACGAUAAGACCAUCAAGCUUUGGGAUGCCGUGUCUGGAUCCCCUCUUCGUUCGCUGGAAGGCCACAGGACUGGGAUCAGCGCAUUAGCUCUUUCAGCGAGCAAGAUGAGGCUCAUAUCUGGUUCGAUGUUGCAUGGAGAGCUUAAGAUUUGGGAUCUGGUACAAGGCAUUUGUCUGCGAACUUUUGAGGGUCACCAUGACUCCGUCUUGGCCAUCGCCUUGUCUGCCGAUGGACGGCGACUUGCAACGAGUUCUUGCGACAAAUCAAUCAAGGUAUGGGACUUGGAAGCAGGUGCCGUAUUAACGCGAGCGUUCUAUACCAGAACCCAGCCAACGUUUCUCGCCUUCAACCCUUCCGCUGCUCAUAGCCUUGACACCAAUCUUGGAGUUCUGAACGUUGACCCGCAGUUCUUGCUUGACGCUCAGUCAACCGACGCAUUUUUUGACGAUGUUGCCCUUAGUGGAUGGGGCUGUGACUUCGACACCGGAUGGGUUUUGAAGAACGGAAAUCGCAUUUGUCCUUUGCCUGCAGAGUACCUGCCUUCUCAAUGUCAUUUCCGACAUGCAACCCUAGCGGUAGUCGGAGCGUCCGGUCGACUUCUCCUUGGACUCCUUUUCUAG